AUGACCACCACCAGGAGGCACUGGGGCACGGACGGAGCGGAGAAGGCGGCGGAGAAAGCGAAGCCGGCGAAGGCGGAGGAGGCCAAGGGGAAAGCGGCGAAGGCGGAGGAGGCCGUGGAGGAGGGGCCGCCAAAGUAUACGAAAUCAAUUUUAAAGAAGGGUGAUAAAACCAACUUUCCGAAGAAAGGGGACACUGUUCAUUGCUGGUAUACAGGAAAACUACAGGAUGGAACAGUCUUCGAUACCAAUAUUCAAACAAGUUCAAAGAAGAAAAAAGCAGCCAAACCUUUAAGUUUCAAAGUUGGCGUAGGAAAAGUAAUCAGAGGUUGGGAUGAGGCUCUCUUAACGAUGAGCAAAGGAGAGAAGGCUCAGCUGGAAAUUGAACCCGAGUGGGCGUACGGCAAGAAAGGGCAGCCCGACGCCAAGAUUCCACCCAAUGCAAAACUCUUCUUCGAAGUGGAGCUGGUGGACAUCGAAUGA